AGAACUGUCAUUCUUUCUUACAGAAAUGCUACAGUGGUACAAUGCUCUGCAGUGUGUGGACCCUGUGAAGCCCUGUGUCAACAAUGCUACCUGUGUCACUUUCCACAAUGGAACAGGCUAUUGCAGGUGUGCUCCUGGUUUCUUAGGCGAGUACUGUCAGCACAAGGACCCGUGUUACGUGGGAUAUUGUCUGAAUGGAGGAGAAUGCACUGUGAGUGUAGCCGGUGUACCUGGAAGCCCCAGCUGUGUGUGUCCUCUGGGUUUCACAGGCCAGCGCUGCGAGAUCCAGAAAAACUCCACAUGCUUCCCCAAAAACCCUUGCACCAAUGGUGGGAAGUGCUCACUUUUCCCCAAUGACCAGUACAAAUGCCAGUGUGCCCGUGGAUGGACAGGUCAGCAUUGUGAGCAAGAGGACACAUGUCUGUCCAGCCCGUGUGCCAACGGUGGUAUCUGCUAUGCUCUGCCCAAUCGUGAAUUCUCUUGUACCUGUCCUCCUGGUUACCAUGGCCCCCGUUGUCUCAAUGACACAGAUGAGUGUGCCUUCUCCUCGUCUCUGUGCAAGAACAAAGGCGUGUGUCUGAAUAUCCCAGGCUCAUAUCGAUGCAACUGCCAACCCGGCUUUACCGGCCUCCACUGUGAGACGGAUUACGUGCCCUGCUUUCCAUCCCCCUGCCUCAAUGGUGGAACCUGCCGGCAGAUGACAGACACAACUUAUAUAUGCCACUGCCUGCCAGGUUUUAAUGGAACAAACUGUGAGGUGAACAUUGAUGAUUGUCCGAAUCACCGCUGUCAGAAUGGAGCCACAUGCAUGGAUGGAGUGAACACUUACAACUGCCAGUGCCCACCUGAAUGGACUGGUCAGUUUUGCACCGAUGACGUGGAUGAAUGCAGACUGCAGCCCAACACCUGUCAGAACGGAGGCACGUGCAGUAACACGCGCAACGGCUACAACUGUGUAUGUGUGAACGGCUGGAGCGGCCCUGACUGCUCUGAAAACAUUGAUGACUGCGCAGCUGAGCCCUGCACCCCCGGCUCCACUUGCAUCGACCGCGUGGCUUCCUUCGUUUGCAGCUGCCCUCCCGGCAAGACUGGUUUGCUGUGUCACAUUGAUGAUGCCUGCACCAGUAACCCGUGCAAGAUGGGAGCUCAAUGUGACACGAACCCCGUCAAUGGCAAGUUCAACUGUAACUGCCCCUCAGGAUACAAGGGCAGCACGUGUGCCGAGGAUAUCGACGAGUGUGUCAUCGGGCCAAACCCAUGUGAGCACGGUGGUUCUUGUAAGAACACAGAGGGCUCGUUCACCUGUAACUGUGCUCCAGGUUACACCGGUCCACGCUGUGAGCAGGACAUCAACGAAUGUGGCUCUAACCCCUGCCAAAAUGACGCCACCUGUUUGGACCAGAUAGGAGAUUACACCUGCAUCUGUAUGCCAGGCUUUGAGGGAUUGCACUGUGAGAUUGACAUUAAUGAGUGUGCCAGCUCGCCUUGUCUCAAUAACGGUAGAUGUCUAGACCAGGUCAGCCGGUUUGUCUGCGAGUGUCCUCAAGGUUUCACUGGGGAAAUGUGUCAAGUUGACAUUGACGAGUGUGCCAGCACGCCGUGCCAUAACGGGGCCAAGUGUCUCGACCGUCCUAACGGCUAUGAGUGUGAAUGUGCUGAAGGUUUCACAGGGACAUUGUGUACGGACAACAUUAACGACUGUGAACCCAAACCCUGUCACCAUGGCGAUUGUAUAGACGGAAUUGCUACCUUCACAUGCGAGUGUCACCCAGGUUACAUGGGCCCCAUCUGCAGCGAGCAGAUACGCGAGUGCCAGAGUGACCCCUGCCAAAACAGAGGACGAUGUGUUGACCUGGUCAACAUGUACCAAUGCAAUUGCCAGCUAGGCACUUCAGGUGUGAACUGUGAGAUUAACCAUGAUGACUGUGCCAGUAAUCCCUGCCAGCACGGGACCUGUGAGGAUGGAAUUAAUGAGUACAAAUGUUUGUGCAAACCUGGAUACACAGGGGAGCGAUGCAACGAGGAGAUAAAUGAGUGCAGUUCGAACCCGUGUCUGAGUGGAGGGACGUGUGUGGACAAAGUAAAUGGGUUUCAGUGUAUGUGUCCAAUUGGGACUCACGGUCCUCUGUGUCACUCAGGUGCAGACCAUUGCAGCCCCAUGCCCUGCCUGCAUGGAGAGUGUAUUGAGCAGCAGGAUGGGUAUCUUUGCGCAUGUAAGCCAGGCUGGGAGGGUAAGAACUGUGAGAGAGAGAAGAACGAGUGUCAGUCCAACCCGUGCCAGAACGGUGGAACCUGUAAUGACCGUCUCAAUGGCUACACCUGCGUAUGUGUCCGUGGAUUUGCAGGUUUGAACUGCGAGAUAAAUAUCAAUGAAUGCGAGUCAAACCCUUGUAUGAAUCAGGGAACCUGUGUGGAUAGAGUCAACAGCUACAUCUGCCACUGCACUCUGCCUUACACAGGGAGACACUGUGAGGAUAAGUUAGUCCCCUGUGAUUCUCAGCCCUGUCAGAGACGAGGGGUUUGUCAGCCAUCCCUGGAUUACACCAGCUAUACCUGCCUGUGCCACAGCGGAUGGGAAGGAGCCCAGUGCACAGAGGAUGUAGACGAAUGCAAGAAAAACCCGUGUCAGAAUGGAGGUCAUUGUCGGAACACAGUGGGCAGCUACAGAUGCGAGUGUCAGCCUGGAUACAGUGGGGUCAACUGCCAGACUAACAUCGAUGACUGUAGCUCCAAUCCAUGUCGUAAUGGGGGUACGUGUGUUGAUAAAGUGGGCCGGUUCUUGUGCCAGUGCAGAGCUGGUUUCUAUGGUGAGCGCUGUGAGGAGGAAGUGGACGAGUGCGCUAGCAAUCCCUGCUGGAAUGGAGGUCGCUGCACUGAUUACGUGAACAGCUACACAUGCCAGUGCCCGCCUGGCUAUGACGGCAUCAACUGUGAACGUGAUAUCCCAGAUUGCACUGAGACCUCUUGUCUCAACAAUGGAACGUGUGUGGAUGGAAUUAACCGUUUCACCUGCCGCUGUCGGCAUGGCUUUUCGGGUCAGUUCUGCCAGUAUGAACUGAACGAGUGUGACUCUCAUCCCUGUAAAAAUGGUGGCACCUGCAUAGACGGCCUGGGGACUUUCCAUUGCACCUGCCCACUGAUGUAUAAUGGAAAAACCUGCGAGUCAAUGGUGAACGUGUGCAGUCAUAUAAAGUGUCUGAAUGGAGGCACAUGCAUCCAGAAGGAGAUGGAUUGGAGAUGCAGCUGUCAGCAUGGCUGGACAGGCCUGUACUGUGACAUCCCGAAUAUGUCCUGUCAGACUGUUGCCAAAAACAAGGGUGUGGCGGUGGACAUGGUGUGUAAGCACGCAGGGCGGUGUAUCGACAAAGACAACACACACCAGUGUAUGUGUCAGAGAGGUUAUAUGGGCAGUUACUGUGAGGACAAGGUGAAUGAAUGUCUUUCCAACCCCUGUAGAAAUGGAGGGACCUGUCUGGACUACCAGAGUGGAUAUGACUGCAAGUGUAAAGCAGGUUUUCAGGGCGUGAACUGUGAAUAUGAUGUUGAUGAGUGCCAGUCGAAUCCCUGUCGCAAUGGAGGUACCUGUAUUGAUUUGAUCAACCGCUUCUCCUGUGCAUGUCCUCCUGGCACCAAAGGUUUGCAGUGUGAGGUGGACGUGAAUGAAUGUGCCCCAGAGUUCGGCGCACGCUGUAAGAAUGGCGGCCAGUGUGUGGAUGGUGUGGGGCGGUACACUUGCUCCUGCCCUCCUGGUUUCACUGGAGAGCAUUGUGAGGGAGAUGUGAACGAGUGUCUUUCUGGACCUUGCCAUCCAGCCGGCACCAUUGACUGUGUGCCGCUCACCAAUAACUAUCAGUGCCGCUGUCGUCUCGGUUAUACUGGGCAACAUUGUGAGUUAAUGGUGGAUCUGUGCCAGUCCAAGCCAUGCCACAACAACGGCAGAUGUGCCAUGAACACGAGUUCAUUACAUGGAUACACCUGUACCUGCCAACCUGGUUACACUGGCUUCAACUGUGGUGAUUUUGAGAUCUUCUCCUGUGCCAGUUUGCGCUGUCCAAACGGUGGACAGUGCGUGGAGAUAAAGGGUCGCCCGCAGUGCCGCUGCCCAAAGGGUUUUACCGGACCGCACUGCGAGAGCAUCACAAACCGCUGCAUGUGUCAAAAUGGUGGCAGAUGUAUGCCAGAUGAUUCUAACAAGUUCAGCUGCCAGUGUCCACCCGGCUUCAGUGGGCCGACCUGUCAAACGUAUAAACCUUCCUGCCCAUAUUUGGAGUGCGAACAGCGGGCAGGAGACAAAGUGUGUGACCCACAAUGUAGGACCCCAGAAUGUGAGUGGGAUGGAGGCGACUGUACGCUGCACUGGGACAAGCCCUGGAAGAACUGCACAGCCUCCGUACCCUGCUGGGAGUUAUUCCAUAAUGGCCGCUGUGACCCAGAGUGCGACAAUGCAGGCUGCCUCUUUGACAGCUUUGAAUGCCAGAAAGGUUCAUCGACGGGCCCGAGCACUUGCAAAUAUGACAGAUACUGUGCAGAUCAUUACGCCAAUGGUCAUUGUAACCAGGGCUGCAACACAGAAGCAUGUGGCUGGGAUGGUCUGGACUGUGCCACAGAUACUCCUCCCAAGCUGGCUGAUGGUACACUGGUGAUUGUGGUGCUGCUGCAGCCCGAGGAGCUUUUGGGUGACCUUAAGGGUUUCCUGCGCUCUUUGGGGACACUGCUGCACACCAACCUGAGACUUAAGCUGGAUGAGCAUAAGAGACCUAUGGUGUACCCAUACUAUGGAAAUGAGGAAGACAAAAUUCAAAACAAUAUUGCCACUAUGAAGCAACGUGGAAAACGAGAGCUGGAGAGGGAGGUUAUUGGAUCAAAGGUUCACCUGGAGAUUGACAAUCGACAGUGUUCUCAGCACUCGGACGAAUGCAUCUCCAGUGCAGACCAGGCUGCAGCCUUCAUAGCUGCCGAGUACCUGAAAUCAGAGCUGCCGUACCCCGUCUACUCUGUGGGCAGCGAUAAAGAUUCAGUACCCCCCAUGCCUCCUCUCCUGUACCUGGUUGCUGUGGCUGCAGCUAUCAUCAUGCUGAUUUUGUUGCUGGGUGUGUUGGCUGCCAAGCGUAAACGCAAGCAUGGGACUUUAUGGCUUCCUGAUGGCUUUCUGGCAAAGAAAGACAGCAAGCGGAGGGAGCCAGUGGGACAGGAUGAUUUUGGCAUGAAGAGCAUGCAGAAACCACAGGAUGGAGGGCUGAUGGAUGGCAGUUCUACCCAUCAUUGGUCAGAGGAGGAUCAUCUAUCUAAAAAACCAAGGAUGGAGGAUAAGCCAUUGCUUCCUGUUGGAGUGGAUGGAGGAGUGGACAGGAGAGAGUGGACCCUGCAGCAUCACAAAGCUGCGGACAUCACACUCACUCCCCCUCAGGCGGACAUAGACAUGGACAGCCUGGAUGUCAAUGUUAAAGGACCAGAUGGUUUCACUCCUCUCAUGCUGGCAUCUCUACGAAGUGGCAGCAGCCCCGAUUGUGGCAGCAUGCUGGGAGAUGAGGAGGAGGAAAGUGGCGCUGACGAGCCUGGCACAAACGUCAUAACUGACUUAAUUGGCCAGGGUGCAUCGCUCAAUGCCCAGACAGAUCGCACCGGGGAGUCUGCCCUUCACCUCGCUGCACGUUACGCCCGAGCUGAUGCCGCCAAGAGACUGCUGGAUGCUGGUGCUGAUGCCAAUGCUCAUGAUAACAUGGGCCGCACCCCUCUACAUGCGGCCGUGGCGGCAGAUGCCCAAGGAGUCUUUCAGAUUCUCAUCCGUAACCGUGCCACGGAUCUUGAUGCCCGUAUGAAUGACGGCACCACACCACUCAUCCUGGCAGCCAGACUGGCAGUGGAGGGCAUGGUGGAGGAACUGGUGCACUGCCAUGCAGAUGUCAAUGCUGUGGAUGACCAUGGCAAGUCAGCUUUGCACUGGGCCGCUGCUGUUAAUAAUGUAGACGCCACUUUAGUGCUACUCAAGAAUGGAGCCAAUCGAGACAUGCAGGACAACAAGGAGGAGACCCCCUUGUUCCUGGCUGCCAGGGAGGGCAGCUUUGAAGCGGCCCAAGUUCUCCUAGAUCAUUAUUCAAAUCGUGAUAUCACCGACCACCUAGACCGCCUGCCUCGUGAUACUGCGCAAGAACGAAUGCAUCACGACAUUGUGCGUCUGCUGGACCAGUACAACCUGGUGCACAGCCCACAUUCUGGGCCUAACCACGUGGGCAACGGCGGGGGACACUCCUCCAUGGUCUGUGGGACAAAUGGCACAGGAUUCAUGAUCGGCAUGCGUCCAGGACCACAGGGCAAAAAGAAUCGCAGAGCAGGAGGAAAAGCAAACACUGUUGGAGCUGGGACAGCCAAAGAUCUAAAAGAAAUGAAGGCGAAGAGGCGGAAGAAGCCGGCCGGAGGAGAGGGACCGAAUGUUGUGGCGGUGGCAGGAGCCAGCGGAAAUAUCACCAAAGCAGCUGGCGGCCUCUCAGAGAGCUCGGUCACCAUGUCACCUGUGGAUUCCCUGGAGUCUCCACACUCGUACGCCGGAGAGGCAGUGGCCACCACCAGCACGGCGAAUUCUCCCCCUUUGCUCAGCACCCCAUCCGUGAGGCCCAUGCUGCCUCCUGUGAGUCACAUGUUGGGCCAGCAGCAAAGCUGGGUGGGUUUGGCCAAACACAGCUUCAAUGGCCACAUGUUUGGCCUCAUGCCACCCCACCAGAUGAGCACGGGCCACACCAGCAUGCAGCAGCACCACAGCCCGGGCAUGCUCACCCCGAUGAACGUCACCAUGAGCCGUGAACAGCUGCCACCCAUUGUCACCUUCCAAAUGAUGGCGGCAGGCAACGGGCAGAGCCUCCUCAAGCAGGCGCAACAGGGGCAGAUGCAGGCACAGGGGCAAAAUCAGGCACAAAGUCAGCACCUGCACUGUAACCAGAGUAUGAUGUACCCCAUGCCUGAUGUGGGAAUGCAGCACGGCCUGUCACAUACCCUUCCGCACCCCCACGGUCACAACCACGCACUCCCUCACGGGCUGCCUGAGAGCCAAGCACAACAAGUAGCUUCCUAUCUGCCACGCCAGAGCCCCGUGGAUAAAUAUCCAACGCCACCUUCCCAGCACAGCUACGCCACCGCUGGCUCUGAGGGAACCACCCCCGGUCAUCCUGCACACAAUCCCAGCGAACACCCCUACCUCACUCCUUCGCCCGAAUCACCUGACCCCUGGUCCUCUUCGUCGCCCCACUCCAACUCAGACUGGUCCGAUGUCACAACAAGUCCCACCCCUCUAGGAAACCCCACACACUGCCUCCUUCCUGCCACACACACAUUCCCGAACAAGCCCAGCUGCAGCCCCCGUCACAGGCUGCGCAGCCGACGCAGUCGCAGCAGUCACAGCGCAGCAGUGUGUAUGCGUAGGACCUUCGGGAGUUUAAUUGCACGGCUGCUUUGUUUGACUCUCUCUUCAGCUGCCAGAGGAGUGGCCAUUUAUCCUUUCUCCAUUCUUCUCCAGUCUUUAUUACGCUCUGCAUGUUGACUUUGAAGUUUGCGUAUUGUAAAUUCCCAUUAGCCUGGAUAUUUCAUCGCACAGAAGCCCCGGUCUAAACAGAAAAGAGAAACGGCUUUAACAACUCGGGAAUCCUGUUAACGGCCGUGUACGAUCUAGGGCACUGUUACCAAUGGACAAUCACAGUGCCAAACUAAGGAGUCUCAACUGCGGUUACCGUCCCCAAUUUGGGGAAAUUUAUUUCAAGAUUUAGUCAAACAUUUUACAAUUUGAAGGAAAUUUUCUCAUUUAAUCUGCCGUCUUUUUUUGAUCAUUUUUGUUGAUGUUGAAAACCAGAUAUGCUUAGUUGGUACCAACAUUAAAGGGAUAGUUCACACAACACUCUUCUGUUGUUCCAAACCUGAAUGACUUACUUUCUUCUGUGGAACGCAAAAGGAGAUAUUUUUAAAAAUGUCUUUGUUUUUUCCUUUUUAUGUCCAUACAACGAAGUCAAAUGGUUUAAGGUUAUUUUGAACCCCACUGACUUUCAUUGUAUGAAGAAAAACAUUCUUUAAAUGAUCUUCUUUUGUGCUCCACAGAAGAAAGUCAUACAGGUUUGAAAGUACAUCAGAGUUUAUUGGUGAGCUAUGCUUUUAACUGAUAAUUUAAUCUUUUUAUAUAAUGGGUCAGCUUUCAUGUGUUCUAAUUUUUUUAGAUCAACCUGCAUUUUUUUUUUUGUAGUGAAAUGUAAUGAAAACAUUUUGUAAUGAAAUGCUUCUUAAAUGAAUUGGUGGUACUUUUUUGCGAUUGGUAACAUGAAUGUGCUACACAUACAUCUCAUUCAUUCAUGUGUAGUUAGUUCAGAGCUAAACUGUGGUGUAAAUAGUUAAAUGUUAAAUUUUUAUGUUAUUUCCUUGUUGUCUGUUACGGUUUAUCCUUUGCCUUGCCAAUGAUUAAGAGAGGUAGAAGGAGGUGUGUAAAAACGAAUGGGUUCCACUUUGUUUCUUUUGAAAUGGUAUGCAGUAUUCAGUGGCCGCACAAACAUGACAGAGGUUUGAAGAGGAAUUCCAGCUUCCAUCAUCAAGCCGCGUGAGCCUUUCGGAAAACUAAACGUUUAUACAUAAUAUUAUCAGUGCCUUUUACAACAUCUUUGUAACCAUUGUUACUAUUGUAUUUGUUUUGUUCUGCCUUUUUUGUGUUACUGUAUAUUGAUAUUCUGAGCAGUUUAACUUGUUCUGAAGUCGUAUCUUUUAUUUACAUGAGUUUUAAAUACAUGUCAUGUAUUUCCUUCAUCCUAAAUACAAUCAGCCUGUCUGUGCAACCGUAUGAAUCACUUGGUAAUUUAGAAAUAAUACUUUAUACAAUCUAAAUGUGCUGUUUCACUUUUUCUGUUUUGUGUUUUUGAGCAAAGCUUUAUAAAACUGAUUAGUACAAUCACAUUUUUUAAAUGUGUUUUGCACAAUAAAGCCCCUGGGUCCCUGAAACACCAAAUAAACACUCAUAAUAGUAUUUAGAGAUGCAUGCAUACAUUAGUCAGAGUGGUGAUGAAAUACUGUCAAAGGUCUUAUGAAGUUCCGGUAUGCUGUAUUUGUGCAGGUGGGUGGAUCAGUGAUAUUGUGUGAGCUCAAGGACAAUAUUAAGAGAGUCUGCUUAUGCAAAUAGAAACCUUUAUGUACUAUAGGCUCCAUAUGGCAUGUUCUUUUUGGAAACAUUUGAUAUCCUGUAGCACUUAAGGGCCCUUCAACAGUAUGAUAUUUAGUGUAUUGAAAUCUGAGGAAUUCAAUGGCUGUUAGUCCACCAAAUAAAGAUCAAAGCAAAGGUUUUGGAA